UCUCAUUUAAUUUAGUGGAAUACUUCCUCGGUGACGUUGCUUGUCGAUUUCCGGGGAAUGGACAGCAGAGGAAGAAACAAGGGAAGAAGAACCCAAGCUUCACAAACAAGAACUACUGUAGUCUGCGCAACAUCGGUUGUCGUGAACAUGCCCCUUUUGCAUUUCGGUCAGUUGUUUUGAGUGGGUUGGGCUUCAGUGCAGCCCACACACGAAAUAUGCAAUGCUAGCUAAUUGUAUUCGCGGACAUCUGUUUUACCCUCGAGAUCUGGAUUAUUAGCUUGUACUUAAUGCGAAAAGUGUCAGUUUGUGCCGACUCGUCGUGUAACCAAACAUUCACCACUGAAAAUUUGACAGUGAUGAGGAGGGUUACGCUCUUUGUAAAUGGAACUUCACGAAACGGCAAGGUUGUUGCUGUGUAUGGGACCAUUGUCGACCUACUGUCUGUGGCCAGCAGCAAACUUGGAAUUAGAGCCUCCAACAUUUAUAACGGAAAGGGGGGUCUCAUAGACGACAUAGCGCUCGUAAGGGAUGAUGAUGUACUGUAUGUAUCAGAAGGGGACAGUUUUGUUGAUCCAAAAGAAGAGUCUGAGGACCACGCUGAAUUCCCCAUUCAAGCUCACACUGACUGGCUGACUUUGAAUGUGGGAGGGCGAUGUUUCACCACCACAAGAAGUACUUUGGUGAGCAAGGAACCAGACAGUAUGCUGGCCCACAUGUUCAGGGAAAAGGAUGUUUGGGGAAACAAACAGGACGAGCAAGGCGCAUACCUCAUCGACCGCAGUCCAGACUACUUUGAGCCUAUACUUAACUACCUCAGGCACGGACAGCUCAUUAUCAACGAGGGCAUCAAUCUUCGGGGUGUGCUGGAGGAGGCACGCUUCUUUGGAAUGGAACAGCUGGCAGAGCAGUUGGAAGGCUUGAUAAGGAACUCCCAGCCAGCUGAUGAUCAUUCGCCGAUCUCCCGCAAGGAGUUUGUCCGUUUCCUGUUGGCCACACCCACCAAGUCUGAGCUACGUUGCCAGGGCUUGAAUUUCAGCGGUGCAGACUUGUCCCGUCUGGACCUGCGCUACAUCAACUUCAAGAUGGCGAACUUGAGCUGCUGCAACCUCACCCACUCCAACCUCUGUGGUGCCAACCUGGAGCGGGCAGACCUCUCCUACUCCAACCUCGAUAGUGCCAAUUUGCAGGGUGUGAAAAUGCUCUGUACCAAUGCAGAGGGUGCCACCUUGAAAGGCUGCAAUUUUGAGGAUCCCGCAGGAAUCAAGGCCAAUUUAGAAGGUGCCAAUUUGAAAGGAGUGGAGAUGGAGGGCAGCCAGAUGACGGGCAUCAACCUCCGAGUGGCCACCCUGAAGAAUGCCAAGCUGAAGAACUGCAACCUGCGAGGUGCCACGCUGGCAGGGACAGACCUGGAGAACUGCGACCUGUCUGGCUGUGACCUCCAGGAGGCCAACCUGCGGGGCUCCAACGUAAAGGGCGCCAUCUUUGAGGAGAUGCUGACUCCUCUACACAUGUCCCAGAGUGUGAGAUAGACACACACUUCCCCUUUCCCCUCUUCUUCUUCUUCUUCGCACUUCACACUCAUUUCCUGCCAGAGACUCCGACUGAGGAGUCCGUGUCCGAAAUGAUACACUUGUUCACUCCAAAGGGUGUGUGAGCGUUAUUGUAUUAUUAUCGUGUUAUGUAGCCAGCGAGUUACACAUUUCGACAUCAGAGGCUACAAUUUCCUUUUUUGCUCCCUACAUUGUUCUGUGUAAGUCAGAGGCUACAGACUUGAUACUGGGCGACUCUGAAAUGUUCACUUGUCACAAGUAGGGGGAAAACAAGGUAACAUGCAUCUUACGUAGUGCACUAUGGAGUGUAUGAGGGAGUGUUUCGGAUGCAGCCUUGUUCUCAGCGCUGCUGGCUUCAUCCUGUUCUACUGAUGGUGUUAAAAUGUGCGCAGACUACUAAGCAAGCAAAGUGCUACUGAUUCUGUCCUGUAGUUUUGCACUGGUCCAAAUAGCUUUUAUUUCAUUUUGCAUUUGUCUUUAUUUUUUUAAAUGCCUCUCAGAAAACUGUAUUUUUUUUGUUCCAUUGGAGGUCUGGUUUUAAAUCCUUCUGACAACCAACAAAGAAACUUGUGCCAUAAGUGUUUUAGCUGAAUGUUAAAGGGUUUUGUAUGUAUAUAUUCCGCUGUGCGAUUUGUCCUGUGGUGGAAACUGUGUUGGCAACGUGAUCUUGUUGCAGGAUUGUGAUGAUGAAUGAUCUUCGAUAGUCAAUCAGCAUUUUUGUGCAUUGUUACUGUUUUCAUGUAGACAAACCAAAAUGGAUGUAGGUGCAAACGUACUGUAUUUUCUACUUUUACAUCGAAUGUUUCUGUAUAAAAUAAAGGCCUAAAUAUAUGA